AUGUCGACGGACACAAUGUACUUCAACAGCUCGAGGCUACUGCCCGUCCAUUCCAAGAACAAACCUAUAAGUGUGCCCAAGGUAAAGAAUCAACCGAAGAAACUGAACCCUACAGAAAGGAAACAUAAGAGUAAACACGACAAGAAGAACAAGAAAACUGAUGUCCCAGAACCUCAGCUGCUUCCAAAUGGUGAAAAACCAAAUUUUGGCAACCAGAAUAAUGAUAAGUCUGGUUCCUCAAGUGGAAAGAAACCUUCUCGCCCUAAGAAGCACUCGAAACAAGAGAAGCAGUUUGAACAACAAUCUGUAUCAGAAAGUACUGAUAGACUAACGCAAACAUUGAAGGAUCUUUUACUAAAAUCUCAAACUUCAUCAUCUUCUGCGUCUCCAAUGAUAAACAACAAUAACCGAGUGGCAGUGACUAGCAACAAUGAUAUUGCAUCGACUAUAUCGCCAUUAAACACUCCCUCUACCAUACCUGCAGCUCUAUUAAACCCAAUGGGUCUGUCACCUAUUCCACAGCAACAACACCAACAACCUCAACUCAUGACGCCUCCUAUUAUGCAUCCUGGCCUAUAUCCUCAACAAACUUUAAGCCCAUUUGCCUACCAACAACAGUACCAAAAUUCCCCUCAACCUCCACCUUUGAUCCACGGGAAUGGAUCCUCUAUCCCUGGAACUGGAGGUGGCUAUCCAUUUCAAGGAUAUCCUUAUGUUUCAAACGUGCAUUACAGUUUGACUAGUGGUACAAAUAACCAAAUGCCAAAUAAUGCAGUCUCACCAACACCGGCUCAUAUGAAUUUAAUGUUUCCUUAUUCUAAUAAUAACAAUGGGAACAACCUAUCAACAAUGCAUGUUCCACCAUUAUCGUCAUCAUCAUCUACCUCGAGACAAAUACAACAUUCUGCACCACACACUGCGAUGGCAAGUCCAUCAACCAAUUCCAAACCAACUUCAAGAUCCAAUUCAAGACCUACUUCAAACGCAAGCUUCAACUCCCGUUCACCUCCAAAGAAGAAUAAUGUAAGACGUGGUAGUCAAUCAUUUGCAGGAGCCUCUUUUGCCACUGCUAUCCCUCAGGAAUGCAACCUUCCAAAACCAAGUUUUACCUAA